GAAGAGGGCGGUAACGCACCAAUAACAUGCCAACCGCCAUUAAACACCACAGAUUUCCAUAAAAACGGAAAGAAGAAGAAACACGGAAACAAGAGGAACUGAAGGAGGUAGCAAGCGACUUUUGAGAAACAUUAUGAGAACUCCGGUAUCUGUGCUGCGCUUGCCUCGAGGCCCCGAUCCAAACAGCUGCGGUUUUGAUCGUAGCUCCCCAAGGUUUAUCGCCCUUUGCCAAACUACAAUCUCCGCUUCUACAGGAUCUGAGAUAGACUCCGUUCAUUUCCAACAAGAGCAGCGUGUGCGGUCUGAAAUGAGAGAGAACUUCAUGAGAACGCUCAUAGCUAUGACCAACAGACAAGUACAGUUCCACAUGUACGAAAAAGUUAAAGUUAAGGCCAAGUUUGGAGCCUCGGACAUUGAUGUUCUAAACUUUCAGGUCUCUGAGUUGCAGACUCCUAUAGGAGUCCAGAAAGAAGCGCUCCUCAGAUGCCAAGACGUAAUCUCUUACUCGUUUGAUGUUUGAUAGAAAAUAUGAAAUAGAUUUCCCCUUUGGCGCGUUUUCAGACUGCAAUUUGUUGGGCAGAACAGUUUUGGUCUGAGAUGUAUUUUAAUAGUUUCUUUUCAACUUUUCUUUAUGUGCCUCCGUUCAGAUUUAUUUUGCCAAGCAGUUAAUUAAACCACCACUAGAGGGAGUGCAAACAUCGUUUGUUCAUAGGUUGCCGCUUUUGUUUUGCCUUUAGCAAGUCAUUUGGAAGUCAUUUGGGUUAUGUUUCACGCUGUACUAAAAAUAACACUAUAUAAAAUGUAAAUAAUCACUUACAAGCA